AUGAUAUUCAAAUCUUUCGUGGAAUCAUGCGCUAAUCCCAAGAUCACAAACCAGCCAGUCCACAAGUAUAUAUUUGACACCUUGGUCAAAUAUGGCAAGGAUCGGCCGAACCAACCAAUUUUUGUGGACGGUUUAUCUGGCGAGGAAGUUACAGUAACCCAGCUUUAUAAUAGAACUUGUUCCAUUGCCGAUUUUUUUGUGAAAAAUGGAUUUCAAAAAGGCGAUCUUGUUCUCACUGCGGUGGAGAAUGGAUGGCCGUAUGUGUGCACAAUGUUGGCGUGUAGCUCGCUCGGUGGCGGCGUGGCUGGAUCACAUCCCAAAAACAGUUUUUGUAAGUCUUUUAGAGGUCGUGAAAGACCUGAGUCAAAGGUAGAAUGUGACGCGAAAAAAGUUAUGUUAGGAUCUUCAAAAAACGUAUAGUCCCACAAUGAAAUGGACAACACACGUCAAAAAAAUUCUUUCAGAAAAUUGAAAACACAAGGUAUCUCGGAUCAUUGAUUUUUUGCGAAGUCCCACAAAAAUUAUCGAGAUAUAAAAAUUACUUUUUUCUUCGAAAAAAAAUUUUUCUCAAAAAAAAAACUUUUUCUCUGGGAAAGUUUUCUUUUGUGACUCUAAAAUUCAGCGACAUUUCGUCAAAAAUCAAUGAUCCGAGAUUCCUUGUUUUUUCACUUUUUUUUUUACGUGCAACAGGGUAACAAACCUUGAUUUCAAGAUAAAAUAGAGGCCUAACCAUGGCACAAAAACCCACCACAAGUCUUAUUUUAUAGAUGAACUGGUCCAUCAGAUCCGCCUAACCAAAGCCAAGGUUAUCUUAGCCCAGGAUUACGUGCUAGAAAAGCUGGCUGAUCAUCUACAUGAGUGUCCGUUAGUUCAGGUAACACUAAGCGCAUAAGUUACACGAAUCGCUUUUUGUAGACAGUAAUUAAUGUGGGAUCGAACAACAAUCUCACCUCACUAAAUGGAAAGUCCAUUAAAGUCAUCACUGUUGAAGAGAUUGUGAGCAAUCGAGUUGCCUCUUUGCCUAGUAUUGAGUUUGAUCCUAAAACUACAGUUUAUUUUGUCCCUCCCUCCAGUGGGACCACUGGAUUGCCAAAGGCGGUGCAAUUGUCGCAUUCAGCGCAUCUAACAGCAUUAAAUUGUCAUAUGGCGUAAGCGAAUGAGACAUGUACUAUUAUAUAUAUUUUUUAUUAUAUAAUUCCAGUGGCUUCCGAAGAUUGGGAUCCAUAAACUGGCGUGAUCACUACUUCCUAUUAAAUAUGCAAUGCGGCUUCGCUUAUGGCCAAAUGCAGACCCUUUUGUGUAUGGCCGCCGGAACUAUCGGCGUCUUUUUGAGACAUACAGAUGAUAAAGGGUAUUGCGAGGCGGUGGACAAGUACAAGGUGAAUCAACCUAGCCCGAAUCGACGUCUUUUUCUUCCAGGUUUCUUUCCUCCAUACCAAUCCCACGCUUGUGCAAAGUCUUAUCAAUUAUCGACGAGCAAAUCCCAAAAGUCUUGGCUCUGCUAAAGUGGUUCUGGUCAGUGGGGCACCACUGAAAGAGAAAAGAAAAACAGAAUUCACAGAGCUCUUUCCUCACACAAUUUUGCAGCAAGCUUACGAGAUGACGGAAGGUUUAGUCACCGUUGGUGAUAGCAAUGCGCCUGUGGAUUCGGUGGGAAGUUUGGCACCGGAUACCGAGCUAAAGGUAAGUGAGGGUCGGAUGUUGAGGGUGACAUCUUCAAAUGGUCCAGUACAUAACAUUAUACGGAGAAUAGGGUGUAGGAGAUUUUUGCGAACUCCCCGAGAAAACCUACCCGUUGUUAGUGUCGAAAGGCCCGACAACCCAGUAACGAGACAAGACGAGAGCUCAGUAGUCAAGUGAUUUAUUCAGUGGAAAGGAGGCCUUUUAUAGGGAAGCCCCACGUGGGAAAGUGCAAUCAAAUUUGAAUAAAUGAAGAUCGUUCUUCGUGGGAAAAUCCUCGAAGCUCGGUCGUUCCCCCUCACAGAUAGAAAAAAUAAAAGAUCUUUUUCAGAUUCUAGACCCCGAAACAACAGCUGAACUUGGCUAUAACCAAGUUGGCGAGCUGUUUGUUCGAAACCAAACCCUUACUCUCGGCUACAUCGACAAUCCCAAAGCAAAUGCUGAGCUCUUCAAUGAUGACGGGUUUUUAGCUACAGGAGAUAUCGGCUACAUCACCGAAAAAGGCCACAUCUUCCUGGUGGAUCGUCGAAAAGAGAUGAUAAAAGUCCAAGGCAAAUCUGUGGCCCCAGGGCAAUUGGAAGACUUGCUGCUGGCUAAUAGUAAAGUCAAGGAUUGUGCGGUCGUUGGAGUUCCGGAUGAUGAGCUGGACGAAAGGAUUUAUGGAUUUGUGGUGAAAGGAAAUGAGGAACUGACGGAGCAGGAGUGCAUUAGUAAUGUUAAUGGUAAGUCUACAUAAAAGUAUAAUAAUAAUAAACCAACGUAAAAAUGGCGUUUUCAGACAACAUUAUCUACUACAAACACAUCACUGGUCGGGUGUUUUUCGUCGACGAAAUUCCGAGGAAUUUGAAUGGGAAAGUUCUUCGAAGGCAGCUUAGAGAAUAUGUGCAAAAUCAUAGCUAA